AUGGCGUCCGAUCAUAUCGGAGCUCGAAAGGCUCACAGGAGUUCAGAAGGUUCCCGCAUACCUCCGAGAUACUAUCACGCCGACCGCUCCACUGCUACCGCCGCUGUCUCCUCCUUCUCCUCCUCCCGAAGAACCGAUCGCGACACCGCUCACCGAUCCGCCCCUGCCGCUCCGAAGAGACAUACACCUCACUACGCCGUCCACCGAGAGUCGUCGAUCGAGCCAAUACGGCCCUCUGCCACUGCCUCUGAACAACCUGCCAACUACCGCGACUCCUUCAUCUCCAUAGUCGACGACCCUUUCUUUCUGCGAUUUGACGAUAACAACAUUGAAGGGGCGCUUGCACUCGACCCUCGUUGGGCUGCGACUUCAUUUGACGACGCCGACGCCGAAGACGAAGGAGAGGAAAACGAAAACGAACAGGAAAACGCAGGCGACAGCCAGGAGGACGAAGACGACGAGGAGGAAGAAUUCGAUUUUGACGCUUUCGAGUUCCGCGAUGACGACACGCCCAACGAGCGCUGGCCGCCCCCAAGAAGAGAGUCGUUGAUAAUAGGACAUUCCUUGUACUGGGUAAUAAUGCCCCACUAG